AUGAUUCUAUCGGUUAGCGUUGAAGCUGACAAGAAGGAUGACUAUACGAUCACGUUUCCUAUCGACAGCGAGGAAAACGUUGAAAUGCUGGAGGAAUGUGUUAAAAUAAGCACCACUGUGCGACAGCGAUAUGUGGGUCAUCUUGGUUCCGUGAUGAAGGAAGGCCAACCAAUCGGCGCAGUUUUUGGGAAAAUAUUUACCGACACCGCCAUGUAUAGUUACAAUUAUUCCGGCAUCUGUAACAGAGGACCAAGGCGUAAGGCAAUGCUCGGCUAUGCCAUCUUUACCGAAUGCAUGCUUGAAGCAUGGAAGGAUCACGGGGUCGAUGAGACCAUUCUGCGCGAUAGCUUAACAUUGAUCAUCAAACAAAUCAAUGGACGCAAAAGGAACCGAAAGUACUUCCUGAAGCGUCGUGCCAAUCGUGAUAUAUUACAAAUGGAAGACGCCGAUUCGGAGUUGUCUAUACUUAGUUAG